CGGGCGCGGGGGCGGCGCGGAGGGAGCGCAGCGCGGCCCGCCAGGCCGGGGAGCCGCAGCUUCGCUGCCCGCCGGCCGGCGCGGCCCUGAGGCCCGAGCCAUGGAAUCGGAGGAGGAGCAGCACAUGACCACGCUGCUGUGCAUGGGCUUCUCGGACCCCGCCACCAUCCGCAAGGCCCUGCGGCUAGCCAAGAACGACAUCAACGAGGCCGUGGCGCUGCUCACCAACGAGCGGCCGGGCCUCGACUACGGCGGCUACGAGCCCAUGGACAGCGGCGGCGGCCCCAGCCCCGGGCCCGGCGGGGGCUCUCGGGGCGACGGCGACGGCGGCGGCGGCCCCUCCCGCGGCGGGAGCACCGGGGGCGGCGGCGGCUUCGACCCCCCGCCCGCCUACCACGAGGUGGUGGACGCCGAGAAGAAUGAUGAAAACGGAAACUGCUCGGGGGAAGGAAUUGAAUUCCCUACAACCAAUUUGUAUGAACUGGAAAGCCGUGUUUUGACUGAUCACUGGUCCAUCCCUUACAAGCGAGAAGAAUCACUAGGCAAAUGCCUGUUGGCGUCUACCUAUCUGGCCAGACUUGGUCUUUCCGAGUCUGAUGAGAAUUGUAAAAGAUUUAUGGAUAGGUGUAUGCCUGAAGCCUUUAAAAAGCUCCUGACUUCGAGUGCUGUUCACAAGUGGGGUACUGAAAUUCAUGAAGGAAUCUACAACAUGUUGAUGCUAUUAAUAGAACUGGUUGCAGAGAGAAUUAAACAAGAUCCGAUUCCCACUGGUCUCCUGGGUGUGCUUACAAUGGCUUUCAAUCCUGAUAAUGAAUACCAUUUUAAAAACAGAAUGAAAGUGUCUCAGAGGAAUUGGACAGAAGUGUUUGGGGAGGGAAAUACGUUUGCUGUUUCACCUGUGUCUACUUUCCAAAAGGAGCCUCAUGGAUGGGUUGUGGAUUUGGUAAAUAAGUUUGGAGAAUUAGGUGGAUUUGCAGCAAUCCAAGCCAAGCUUCAUUCGGAAGAUAUAGAACUUGGGGCAGUCUCAGCAUUGGUGCAGCCCUUAGGGGUGUGUGCAGAGUACCUCAAUUCCUCGGUGGUUCAGCCGAUGCUAGACCCGGUCAUCCUUAAUACAAUCCAGGAUGUGCGGAGUGUGGAGGAGAAGGACCUCAAAGACAAGAGAUUGGUUAGCAUCCCUGAGCUCUUGUCUGCCAUCAAGUUACUCUGCAUGCGUUUCCAACCGGAUCUGGUGACCGUGGUGGACGACCUUCGAUUAGACAUCCUACUGCGCAUGCUGAAAUCACCACAUUUUAGCGCUAAAAUGAAUUCCCUCAAAGAAGUAACCAAACUAAUAGAAGAUAGCACUUUAUCCAAAUCAGUGAAGAAUGCUAUAGAUACAGACAGAUUGUUAGAUUGGCUGGUUGAAAACUCAGUUCUGUCAAUUGCAUUGGAAGGCAACAUAGACCAAGCCCAAUACUGUGAUCGUAUAAAGGGGAUUAUUGAACUCUUGGGCAGUAAAUUGUCUUUAGAUGAGCUCACUAAAAUUUGGAAGAUACAGUCCGGACAAUCAUCUACUGUGAUCGAGAACAUCCAUACUAUUAUUGCUGCAGCAGCUGUCAAAUUUAAUUCAGAUCAGCUUAAUCAUCUGUUUGUUCUCAUCCAGAAGAGCUGGGAGACUGAAAGCGAUCGGGUAAGACAGAAGCUGUUGAGUCUGAUUGGACGAAUAGGCCGGGAAGCUCGCUUUGAGACUACUUCUGGAAAGGUGUUAGAUGUUCUCUGGGAACUGGCGCAUCUUCCAACCCUGCCCAGUAGCCUUAUUCAGCAAGCCUUGGAGGAGCACCUGACAAUCCUUAGUGACGCGUAUGCUGUGAAAGAAGCAAUCAAGAGGAGCUACAUCAUUAAGUGCAUCGAAGAUAUUAAAAGGCCUGGAGAAUGGUCAGGUUUGGAAAAAAACAAGAAGGAUGGAUUCAAGUCAUCUCAGCUCAGUAAUCCCCAGUUUGUAUGGGUGGUGCCGGCUUUGCGUCAGCUUCACGAGAUCACGCGCUCGUUUAUAAAACAGACCUAUCAAAAGCAAGACAAGAGCAUUAUUCAAGACUUGAAGAAAAAUUUUGAAAUUGUGAAAUUGGUAACGGGAAGUUUGAUAGCCUGUCAUCGACUUGCAGCUGCUGUGGCUGGACCUGGAGGCUUAACUGGUUCAACACUGGUAGACGGCCGAUACACUUACCGGGAGUAUUUAGAGGCCCAUCUAAAAUUUCUAGCAUUUUUCUUACAAGAAGCUACUCUGUAUCUGGGUUGGAAUCGUGCCAAGGAAAUCUGGGAAUGUCUCGUGACUGGCCAGGAUGUGUGUGAAUUAGAUAGAGAGAUGUGUUUUGAAUGGUUUACAAAAGGGCAACAUGAUCUCGAGAGUGAUGUUCAACAGCAGCUUUUCAAGGAGAAGAUUCUUAAAUUGGAGUCCUAUGAAAUCACAAUGAAUGGUUUUAACUUAUUUAAGACUUUCUUUGAAAAUGUGAAUCUUUGUGAUCAUCGAUUGAAACGGCAAGGAGCUCAGUUGUAUGUAGAAAAGCUGGAAUUGAUAGGAAUGGAUUUCAUUUGGAAAAUAGCCAUGGAAUCACCUGAUGAAGAAAUUGCUAAUGAAGCUAUUCAGUUAAUCAUAAACUAUAGUUACAUUAACCUAAAUCCUAGAUUAAAGAAGGAUUCUGUAUCAUUACAUAAGAAAUUUAUUGCUGAUUGUUACACGAGAUUAGAAGCAGCCAGUUCAGCACUUGGUGGCCCCACUCUGACGCAUGCUGUGACCAGAGCAACAAAAAUGCUUACAGCGACUGCUAUGCCAACCGUAGCAACAUCAGUUCAAUCUCCUUAUAGAUCCACUAAACUUGUAAUAAUCGAGAGAUUGCUGCUUCUGGCUGAACGCUAUGUGAUCACUAUAGAGGAUUUUUACUCUGUUCCACGAACUAUUCUACCUCACGGUGCCUCAUUUCAUGGACAUCUUUUAACUCUAAAUGUUACAUAUGAGUCUACCAAAGAUACCUUCACUGUAGAGGCCCACAGUAAUGAGACCAUAGGGAGCGUGCGGUGGAAGAUAGCCAAGCAGUUGUGCUCGCCUGUGGACAACAUACAGAUUUUUACCAACGAUAGUCUGCUGACGGUGAAUAAAGAUCAAAAGCUCCUCCACCAGCUGGGCUUUUCUGAUGAACAGAUCCUCACAGUGAAGACUUCAGGCAGUGGGACCCCAUCCGGGAGCUCCGCCGACUCCUCAACCAGCUCCAGCAGCAGCAGCAGUGGGGUCUUCAGCUCCUCGUACGCCAUGGAACAGGAGAAAUCCCUCCCUGGUGUUGUGAUGGCACUUGUAUGUAAUGUGUUUGACAUGCUUUACCAGCUUGCCAAUCUGGAGGAGCCAAGGAUAACUCUACGAGUACGAAAGCUGUUGCUCUUGAUACCCACUGACCCAGCCAUUCAGGAAGCCCUGGACCAGCUUGAUUCCUUGGGAAGAAAGAAGACAUUACUGUCUGAAACGAGUUCUCAGUCCUCAAAGUCUCCAUCGCUGUCCUCCAAGCAGCAGCAUCAGCCAAGUGCCAGCUCAAUUUUGGAAAGUCUGUUUCGAUCCUUUGCUCCAGGAAUGUCCACCUUCAGAGUGCUCUACAACUUAGAAGUUCUAAGCUCCAAACUCAUGCCAACAGCUGAUGAUGACAUGGCAAGAAACUGUGCAAAAUCCUUCUGUGAGAACUUCCUCAAAGCAGGAGGACUGAGUUUGGUUGUAAAUGUCAUGCAGAGGGAUUCCAUCCCAUCAGAAGUAGACUAUGAAACAAGGCAGGGCGUUUAUUCCAUCUGUCUACAGCUCGCCAGAUUUUUACUUGUGGGACAAACAAUGCCCACGUUAUUAGAUGAAGACCUCACCAAAGACGGCAUAGAAGCACUUUCUUCUCGCCCAUUCCGAAACGUCAGCCGGCAGACAAGCAGGCAGAUGUCCUUAUGUGGUACUCCAGAAAAGUCGUCGUACCGACAGCUGUCCGUAUCUGAUAGGUCUUCCAUUAGGGUCGAGGAAAUCAUCCCUGCUGCACGAGUUGCAAUACAAACAAUGGAAGUGAGUGACUUCACGUCUACGGUGGCUUGUUUCAUGAGGUUGUCAUGGGCUGCCGCUGCAGGACGACUUGACCUCGUUGGGAGCAGCCAGCCAAUUAAAGAAAGUAAUUCUCUGUUUCCUGCUGGAAUCCGGAGCCGACUCAGCAGUUCAGGAAGCAAUUGCAGCUCUGGGAGUGAAGGGGAUCCGGCAGCCCUGCAUGCGGGCAUCUGCGUGCGACAACAGUCUGUGUCCACCAAAGACUCGCUGAUUGCUGGGGAGGCCCUGUCUCUGCUUGUUACGUGCCUGCAGCUGCGGAGCCAGCAACUGGCAUCUUUCUAUAACUUGCCCUGUGUUGCUGAUUUUAUCAUUGAUAUUCUGCUGGGAUCACCAAGUGCUGAGAUUCGCCGUGCUGCCUGUGAUCAGCUGUACACUCUUAGUCAGACAGAUACUUCAGCUCACCCAGAUGUACAGAAGCCAAACCAGUUUCUCCUAGGUGUGAUUCUCACGGCUCAGCUACCUCUCUGGUCCCCAACUAGUAUUAUGAGAGGAGUCAAUCAGAGACUAUUAUCUCAGUGUAUGGAGUAUUUUGAUCUAAGAUGCCAAUUAUUAGAUGAUCUGACAACUUCAGAAAUGGAGCAGUUAAGAAUUAGCCCAGCAACUAUGCUCGAAGAUGAGAUUACUUGGCUGGAUAACUUUGAACCUAAUCGCACCGCUGAAUGUGAGACCAGUGAAGCAGACAACAUCUUAUUGGCAGGACACUUACGGCUCAUUAAGACCCUUCUUUCACUCUGCGGGGCAGAAAAGGAAAUGCUUGGUUCAUCACUCAUUAAACCAUUGUUAGAUGACUUCCUUUUCCGAGCUUCUAGAAUUAUUUUAAAUAGUCAUUCUCCAGCUGGCAGUGCCGCCAUCAGUCAACAGGACUUUCAUCCAAAGUGUAGUACAGUGAAUAGCCGAUUGGCAGCCUAUGAAGUCCUAGUGAUGUUGGCUGAUAGCUCACCUUCAAAUCUGCAAAUUAUCACGAAAGAACUGCUUUCUAUGCAUCAUCAACCCGACCCUGCUCUUACCAAGGAGUUUGAUUACCUUCCACCUGUGGAUAGCAGGUCCAGUUCAGGGUUUGUGGGGCUGAGGAAUGGCGGCGCUACAUGUUACAUGAAUGCAGUCUUCCAGCAGCUGUAUAUGCAACCUGGGCUCCCUGAGUCGUUACUUUCAGUGGAUGAUGACACGGACAAUCCAGAUGACAGUGUGUUCUACCAGGUGCAGUCUCUCUUUGGGCAUCUGAUGGAAAGCAAGCUGCAGUAUUAUGUACCUGAGAACUUCUGGAAGAUUUUCAAGAUGUGGAACAAAGAACUUUACGUGAGAGAACAGCAGGAUGCAUAUGAAUUCUUCACUAGUCUUAUUGAUCAGAUGGACGAAUAUCUCAAGAAAAUGGGGAGAGACCAGAUUUUUAAGAAUACUUUCCAGGGCAUCUACUCUGAUCAGAAGAUCUGUAAAGACUGUCCUCACAGAUAUGAGCGUGAGGAAGCUUUCAUGGCUCUCAAUCUUGGAGUUACUUCUUGUCAGAGCUUGGAAAUUUCUUUGGACCAGUUUGUUAGAGGAGAAGUUCUAGAGGGAAGUAAUGCAUAUUACUGUGAAAAGUGUAAAGAAAAGAGAAUAACCGUGAAAAGGACCUGCAUUAAGUCUUUACCUAGCGUUUUGGUAAUUCACCUAAUGAGAUUUGGAUUUGACUGGGAGAGUGGACGCUCCAUUAAAUACGAUGAACAGAUAAGGUUUCCCUGGAUGCUAAACAUGGAGCCUUACACAGUUUCAGGAAUGGCUCGCCAAGAUUCAUCUUCAGAAGUUGGUGAAAACGGGCGAAGUAUGGACCAGGGAGGUGGAGGAUCCCCACGGAAAAAAGUUGCCCUCACUGAAAACUAUGAACUUGUCGGUGUCAUUGUCCACAGUGGACAGGCACACGCGGGUCACUACUAUUCCUUCAUUAAGGACAGGCGGGGCUGUGGAAAAGGAAAGUGGUAUAAGUUUAAUGACACAGUCAUAGAAGAAUUUGACCUAAAUGAUGAGACCCUGGAGUAUGAAUGCUUUGGAGGAGAAUAUAGACCAAAAGUUUAUGAUCAAACGAACCCAUAUACUGAUGUACGCCGAAGAUACUGGAAUGCCUAUAUGCUCUUCUACCAAAGGGUCUCUGAUCAAAACUCCCCAGUAUUACCAAAGAAAAGUCGGGUUAGCGUCGUCCGGCAGGAAGCUGAGGAUCUCUCUCUGUCCUGUUGUCUGAAAUUGCAUUUUCCUAUAUGGGAUCUGGAAGGGAUGCAGUUUGUUGUCAAGUCUAGUUCCGUAAGUCUGUCAGCUUUACAGCAGCCAGUUUUCUGUUCUGUCCUUAGGUCUGCGCCGUCUUCACCAGAGGUUUCUCCGCAGUCCUCUCCCCGGCCCCACAGGCCCAACAAUGACCGGCUCUCUAUUCUAACCAAGCUGGUUAAAAAAGGCGAGAAGAAAGGACUGUUUGUGGAGAAAAUGCCUGUUCGAAUAUACCAGAUGGUGAGAGAUGAAAACCUCAAGUUUAUGAAGAAUAGAGAUGUGUACAGUAGUGAUUAUUUCAGUUUUGUUUUGUCUUUAGCAUCAUUGAAUGCUACUAAAUUAAAGCAUCCAUAUUAUCCUUGCAUGGCAAAGGUGAGCUUACAGCUUGCUAUUCAGUUCCUUUUUCAAACUUACCUACGGACAAAGAAAAAACUCAGGGUUGAUACUGAAGAAUGGAUUGCCACUAUUGAAGCAUUACUUUCCAAAAGUUUUGAUGCUUGUCAGUGGCUAGUUGAAUAUUUUAUUAGUUCUGAAGGACGAGAAUUAAUAAAGAUUUUCUUGCUGGAGUGCAGUGUGAGAGAAGUGCGAGUUGCUGUGGCCACCAUUCUGGAGAAAACCCUAGACAGUGCCUUGUUUUAUCAGGAUAAGUUAAAAAGCCUUCAUCAGUUACUGGAGGUACUACUUGCUCUGUUGGAUAAAGAUGUCCCAGAAAACUGUAAAAACUGUGCUCAGUACUUUUUCCUAUUCAACACUUUUGUACAAAAGCAAGGUAUCCGGGCCGGGGAUCUUCUUCUGAGGCACUCCGCUCUGAGACACAUGACCAGCUUUCUCCUCGGGGCCAACCGGCAAAACAACCAGAUACGUCGGUGGAGUUCAGCACAAGCACGAGAAUUUGGGAAUCUUCAUAAUACAGUGGCAUUACUGGUUUUGCAUUCAGAUGUCUCGUCCCAAAGGAACGUUGCUCCUGGUAUGUUUAAACAACGGCCACCCAUUAGUGUCGCCCCCUCCAGCCCCCUGCUGCCCCUCCACGAGGAAGUAGAGGCCUUGUUGUUCCUGUCUGAAGGAAAGCCUUACCUGUUAGAGGUAAUGUUUGCCUUGCGAGAGCUGACGGGCUCGCUCCUGGCGCUCAUCGAGAUGGUGGUGUACUGCUGUUUCUGUAAUGAGCAUCUCUCCUUCACCGUGCUGCAUUUCAUUAAGAACCAACUAGAAACAGCUCCACCCCAUGAGUUAAAGAAUACAUUCCAACUGCUUCAUGAGAUACUGGUCAUUGAAGAUCCCAUACAAGUGGAGCGAGUCAAAUUUGUAUUUGAGACAGAAAAUGGAUUAUUAGCCCUGAUGCACCACAGCAACCAUGUGGACAGCAGUCGCUGCUACCAGUGCGUCAAAUUUCUCGUAACUCUUGCUCAAAAGUGCCCUGCUGCUAAGGACUACUUCAAGGAGAACUCCCACCACUGGAGCUGGGCGGUGCAGUGGCUACAGAAGAAGAUGUCAGAACAUUAUUGGACACCACAGAGUAAUGUCUCUAAUGAAACAUCAACUGGAAAAACCUUUCAGCGAACAAUUUCAGCUCAGGACACGUUAGCCUAUGCCACAGCUUUGCUGAAUGAGAAAGAGCAAUCGGGAAGCAGUAACGGGUCGGAGAGCAGUCCCGCCAAUGAGAACGGAGAGAGGCAUUUACAGCAGGGUUCAGAGUCCCCCAUGAUGAUAGGCGAGUUGAGAAGUGACCUGGACGACGUGGAUCCUUAGAGGAGCAGGCACACCAAGCGCGCAGUGAGGAGUCAGCUCAGUUCCCGGGUGCUCAGCGCUGUUUGGAAAUCAGAUUCUCACCCUUGAGCCCUUUAGAAGAGCCCGAAGCUUGGACUAGGGGGGCCUGCUGUGAUCCCAGAGGAGUGUGUGUUUUUAAAGAAGGCACUGUUGGCCCCUGGAGAAGGUUCAGGAGCUGUUUGGCAGUGGGAGAAUUCCUGCCCCCGGAUCAGCCAUCCUGGGGCACAGUCCGCACGGGGAUUCACGUUUCUGUGGAGAUCCUAGGAAAUAAAGCCGGUGGCAGACUUUUUUUGUUACGAACAUACAAGAGUGAACGGGGUAAAGCCGUUGCUUUCCCUAUGAUGCUACAAAAGAAAUCCCUUUGGUUUUUAUAUUUAAAAAAAAAAAAAAAGCAAGCUGCCUUUAGAUAUGUGGGGGGCAAAUUUUUAAUCUUGCAGUAACAUUGAAUAGGAAUAUCCAAUUUAAAAUGAUGUAAAGAUAGGUGAUAAAAUUCCUUUUCAUUGUAAAAUAGUAGUUAAAGAACUCCGUUUACACAGACCUUUGUAUUUAAUAUGUCUCCCUAUUUGUAUAGAAAUUUCAGACAGGUCAGGAUGAGAGCCCUGGGCAUAAAAUUGGAUCUUGAUGAAAUGUUACCAGGAUCAAAAAUUGGGAAAUUUAUUAUGCUCUUUAAGGUAUUUUUCUGAUAUAAUUGAGGUUGAAAAGAGCAAUAAAAAAAAAAAAAAAGUCCCCCAGAAGUACAAGGUGCAUUCUUUGACAUCAAUCACUAAAGAAGUUACGGAAUUUUUCCCCAAAUUUUGAAAACAGCAAAAUAAAAAGCACUUUAAAUUAUAAUUUUAUUGAGUUUGACUUCAAAAAAUCAUCUUUCUAAUGCUUGGAGACAUAUUGAAUAAACUGUAGUCUUAAAUCAUGUGAUCUGCAAUCAUUUGCUUUUGCUUAAAAUAUAAUUACUAAAACCCUUGGUACUGGUUGUAAAUGAAGUUAAAUAUUUGAGUUGAGAAGCACUGCUCUGUGAGUUGUAAUUUUAAUGCGGAGAAGGAACUUGAGACUGUUUCUCUUCAACAUGACUAAUGAACACUGAAAAGAGACAAGAUUUAUUUUCCCAGAAAUAACCAGAAAGUAAUUGAACAACUGUCCAUUUUGUUGGUAUUUCCCAAGUAUACCACCAUCCACUCAUUUCAGAUUAAAUAACCAGCUUCCCUUUCUCCAGAGGGGAGAAGGGGAUAUGCCAACGUAUUUCAUAUAUUUUGUACAUUUUGUAUUUUGAGUUUCUACACACAUUUUCAACCCCAUUUUGCCUUUAGUUAUGUGUUCUUCCUUGUUUCCAACUCCCCGUGCACGUAGGGAAGCUUAGGAAGUGCCAGGUUGCCCCUGUUGGUUAGAUUUGCCAAGUCAGAGAGGCGUGGCCAGCCCCAAAGUGCCUUUUUGGUGGCUUUCGCAUUGUGUGGACAUACGACAGGCACCUUUCACUGCUGUGCACUCCAGCCCCCAGCCCCUUCGCUACUAAACGUUGAAGUGACUGUGCAGCCGGACCACAGUUUGUAUGCAUGUCUACAGCCCCCACAGCCUAGCAAUGGCCAUUGUCAAGGACACUGUGCAGACGGGGCUACAUUUAAGAGCAGAACUGCCCCCUCAGCGAAUUGGUCAAAGGAGUUGGCAAAUUUUACAUGGUUCUGCUGUUCUUGGAAUUUCAAAUGUGAUGUUUUAAAAUUGAUUUUGAGUUCAUAAAUACUCCCAUGUCCUACUGUUUUCCUAACCGCCCCCACCACAGCCUGCUCUCCACCCCCAUCCUCACAAAACGAUUGUGUAGGACAUGACCUUGAAAUGCCAGUGAUGAUCUGUGUUGGGAUAUCAUCACUGGCAACUGCACUCUCAGGAGCCCAAAUUCAGGAGUGAAAUUGCCACUUCUAGUCCUUAUUUCCUAUGGAAACAAAGCCUCCCACCACCCCCAGCACCUGCUGUCCUCACUGUAAGGCUCCAUCAGGAUCACCCGUCACUGUUGUGUAUCAUACGCUCUGGUUAAGUUUGUUUGUGUUGUUGCUGCAAUGACCAUCACUUCCUCUUUGCCAGGAACCACUUGAUUUCCAGCGGCUGCAGUCUACAACAAACCUGCUGAGGACUUUUUUUUAAAUGUACAACAAAGUGACAAUUAUGACAGGCUUACCUUGGAAGAGUUGUCAUUUUUACUGCCGAUUUUUUGGAUGAAGAUGUUUUUAUAAACCUUUCAAAAUGGUCUGCACAUCGAGUAGGAAUUGCACAACUAACUCAAUGCUGUGUGUUCUCAAGACACUCCCUUCGCGAGGCCAACCGUAGGGUGCCACGCCUGCCCCUUGGAGCCAUCUGGGAAGGAAAACAAACGAGCAGCCCAGCGGGUAUCUUGCCCAUGACUUCUCCUGGAGUACUCACACGGUCACUGGCAACUAGAAGAAAUGGUAGGACCCAGAGCAUCGUGUCCUCGGACUUCCCCUGUCUUGCCCCACCCCACCCCCCACCCCCCCGCUAACAUUUGAGAUGUGUGCAGUUACCUUUUGAGCUUGGAACAAGCAGACUGGAAUUUUCCUCUGCUACCUCUUGUAUACAAAAUCUUGUUUAUAAAAUUUCAAAAGGAAGUAGAUAAACUAGGGGAGAAUCUUAAUCCUAAAUUUGGUUCAUGAGUGGCAGAGUUCUUAGCUUCUAAGGGUAUAAAAUAAAUUUUUCAAAAAUGUA